AUGUCACUAUCCAACCUUACUUCCCAUGUUGUCCCAUUACAAGGCGUUAAAAAUGCCAUUGCUGUUGACUUUGAUCCUGUAGAAAAACAGAUAUAUUGGUCAGACGUUACACUAAAUACAAUCAACAAAGCCUUUCUGGAUGGUUCGGGACAACAAAUUGUGAUCAAUUCGGUCCCUCAAGCAAGUGGAAUAGCGUUAGACACGGUAAAUCGUAGGCUGUAUUGGACAGAUGCUGAUAAAGGCACGGUUGAAAUGUCAGAUUUAGAUGGUGGACAGAGGAUGACGAUCGUCACGGAUGGCUUAACGAUGCCAAGAGACAUAGCAGUAGACUCGAAGAACAAAAAGCUCUAUUGGUCAGACGUUGGGGGAGAUACCAAGAUAGAAAAAUCAAACCUGGAUGGCACAGAUAGAGUUGUUAUUGUGAACACUUCUAAUGGAUGGCCAAACGGAAUUGCACUUGAUACAGAUAAUGGUAUAAUAUACUGGGGUGAUGCUAGAUUGCAUCGCAUCGAGAUGGCCAAUUUGGAUGGAUCUAAUAGAAGCAUUUUGUUGAGCAGCGAAGUAAAACAUCUUUUUGGACUUAGUCAGCUAG